AUGGCGUCUGAGAUUCCGUCUUCAUCUUCUCCACUCCCUGAUAAUCCACCAAACACUGAUAAUCAACCGUUUCAAUUCUCCAUUUCUCCUUCCAUUUUCACAAAUCCGGCAAGUCCGUUUUAUCUCCCUCAUGGAGAAUCUUCGGGAACAAUUCUUGUUUCUCAGCCCUUAAUCGGCGAAAAUUACAACACUUGGAGCCACUCAAUGAUCAUGGCGCUCACCGCCAAAAACAAAUUGGCUUUCGUCGAUGGUUCCCUUCUUCAACCUGUUGUUGAAUCCGGCGUUGAGUAUCAAACUUGGAUACGCUGCAACAAUAUGGUCUUGUCAUGGAUCCUUAAUUUCGUGUCCAAAGAAAUUGCCGCGAGCGUGAUUUACAUCGAUACAUGCCAUGGCAUGUGGCUCGAUUUGAAGGAACGUUUCUCUCAGAAGAAUGGACCUAGGGUUUUUCAGUUGCAAAAAUCCAUUUCGGCACUUACGCAAGAUAAUUUUUCUAUACUUCUCAUGGAGCCUUUGCCUUCAAUCAACAAGGUUUUCUCCAUGAUCACUCAAGAGGAAAAGCAGCAAGAAAUCUCUGUCAAGAAUCCUUCUUUCAAUCUGGAAUCUGCUGCUCUUAUGACUGCACCAGUGGCUUGGUUCGUCAAGCAGCCUUAUCGGAAAGAUAAACCUGUUUGUACUCAUUGUAAAGUACCCGGGCAUAUUGCCGACAAGUGUUAUCGGCUUCAUGGUUUCCCCCCAGGGUUCAAGUUCACCAAGAACCUUAAUAAGCCUUCUUCUUCACAUUCUGCAAAUAAUGUGCAAGAAUCUGAUUUGGUUUUGGUCACUCAACCUCAGCAGCAUGAUCCUCCACAAGCUCUUCCUCAACUGACUAUUACGCCUAUUCAAUGUCAACAGCUUCUCUCCCUGUUACAGCAACAAUCCCUCGUUCAAUAG